AGCAGAAAAACCCAAGCCUCACCAUCAACAACAACACAAACAUCAGAAAAGCUCAAAACCUUCACCUCUCCUCCAACACAAAAACCCCUGCACACUUCCUGUUCACCAUGAGCGCUGCUCCAGCUGGUGGUAAGCUUUUCGUCGGCAAUCUCGCCUGGACGACCGAUUCCGGAUCCCUGAAAUCUGCAUUCGGCCAGUUUGGUGACGUUAUCGAUGCAAUCGUCAUGCAAGAUCGUGAAACCGGCCGUAGCCGUGGUUUUGGCUUUAUCACGUUCAAAGAAGAGGCCGAUGCUCCUGGAGCUAUCGAAGCCCUGAAUGGUCAGGAGCUUGACGGACGAGAAAUUCGGGUCAACUAUGCCAACUCCCAAACCGGUGGUGGUGGUGGCGGUGGCCAACGACAAGGUGGUGGUGGUGGAUAUCGCGGAGGUUAUGGACAAUCAGGAGGCGGUGGUGGUGGUGGAUACAACUCCAGUUACGGCGGAGGAGGCUACGGUGGUGACCAAGGAGGCUAUGGCGGUAAUAGCACUCACCAGUCUUACGGUGGUGGCGGUGGUGGCUACGGCAAUGGUGGCCAAGGCCAAGGGAACUGGAGAGGCGACCAGCAAAACAGCUACAAUGCUCCCAGCGGUGGCGGUGGCGCUUGGUAGACCGCAGAAUUGCCUGACACCUUAAGGCAAGAUCGUGAUCGGAUCCGAUUCCCGUUACCAUGUAGUGCGACCAUAAAAUAGCUCAAUCUAUUUCUUCUACGUGUAGCCUCAUGUUCGUUAGCUCAAAAAAUACGCAGGUCCUGUGACGGGCUCAAGCCCUCUUUCCAUUCUUCUCGUCUCGUCUCUUCACUUUUAAAAAUGUUUCAAUCAUGAGCUUUUUUGUCGCCAGUUUCAUUUGGUAAUCCAAACUGCUAUGAUCUGCUCCCACUCGUCUCAAUAUCCUUGGCGUCCUGAUCAGGCGGGAUACAUGUGUCGCACUGUCUGCUCACAAGCUGUUGCACACAAAUCACCAACCAUUGGUAGCACCAUGAAAUGCUAACGCACAG